AUGUCGACUGCCAUGAAUUUCGGGUCGAAGAGUUUUAAACCUCGACCUCCUGACAAAGGGUCGUUUCCGUUAGACCACUUUGGAGAGUGUAAACCCUUCAAGGAGACUUUUAUGAAAUGUUUGCGGGAGAGCAGCUUCGACAGUUCCAAGUGUCGACUUCAGUCCAAAGCCUACCUUGAGUGCCGCAUGGAACACCAGCUAAUGACAAAGGAACCACUACAAAAACUGGGAUACAAAGACCUGACUGAUCCUCCUCCCGGCCAAGCCAAUACAGAUUGA